GCAGGCCUACGACAGGAUGGUAUCAGUUACCAAGUCACUUGCUAAGCGACUGUCGUAGUCAAGCGUAAAGUAGGAAGCCUUCAAAGUUCCAUAUAAAAAAUUUAUCAGUGAAGAUGGUGCAAAUUACCGGAAAGUACCAACACGUCGCAGACGAGAAUUUUGUAGAAUACCUGAAGGCUUAUGGAACCGGUGAUGACCUUUCCAAGGCUGAAGUCUUUGCCAAGAGCAAACCUGUCAUUGAAAUCAAGGAAAACGACGGCGAGUGGAUCAUGGAUGUUAACAAUGAAGGAAAGUCAUCUGUCACCAAAUUCAAGCUGAACGAACCCUUCGACGAAGUUUUUCCCCAUGGAUUGACCUUAAAGAGCGUCGUCAAAAAGGAAGGUGAUAACUUCAUCUUCGAAUCCGAGACAGAAGGGGGUACCAAAACCAUCCGGGCUUAUCAAUUCAGUGAUGAUGGUAUAACAGUGCGUAUGUCUGGCGACAAGACACCGAUCGUCGGAAUCCGCAAGUACAAGAGGAUCUAAAUGUCUGGUACAAGAAAAAUCGACUGUUUAAUUAUUAUUUUUUACUAUUAUAUAUGAUUGAAUAAAUAUUUUUCAAAUUA